AGAGCCCAUAGUGAUUAUACCGUGGGGUGGAUUUGCGCUCUGCCUAAAGAGCAGACCGCAGCUAUCGCCAUGCUGGAUCACAAGCAUGCAGACCUUCCAAAGCCACCAAAUGAUCCCAACACCUAUACGUUAGGGUCUAUAAACGGCCAUAAUAUCGCCAUAGCCUGUCUCCCCAAAGGCAAGAUAGGAACAAGUUCAGCAGCAACUGUUGCUACCUGGAUGGUUGGUGCUUUUCCAUCUAUUAAGGUGGGCCUUAUGGUCGGUAUUGGUGGUGGUAUUCCGCCUAAAGUGAGACUUGGUGAUGUCGUGGUUAGCACACCAAUUGGCCAGUUUCCUGGUGUAGUCCAAUGGGAUAUUGGUAAGGCGAAUAAAGGGGGCCAAUUUGAGCGAACAGGCUCGUUAAAUACCCCCCCGACACCUCUAUUAACCGCUCUUACGAGAUUGGAGACGGAGCAUGAGUUAAACGGUUCUAAGAUACCAGAGUAUCUAAAUCAGCUAAGAGAGAAAUGGCCACGUUUAGCAUCGAAAUAUCUCAGAUCUGAUUAUCAUAAAGACAUUUUGUUUAGAUCAGAUUAUGGGCAUGUUAGCAAAGACACAAAUUACGACAAUGCUUCCGACAUUGACGAUUAUGAUGAAGAAGAGAGCUGCGAAUUAUGCGACAAGAGUCAGAUUUUGAAGAAGAAACCUAGGGAGAUGCGCGUUCAUUAUGGGCUAAUCGCAUCUGGUAACCAGGUUAUUAAAGACGCCACCCUCCGAAAUAAACUUACCAAAGAUCUUGACGGUCACAUUCUAUGUAUUGAGAUGGAAGCGGCGGGUCUGAUGAAUAACUUCCCUUGCAUCAUCAUCCGAGGCAUCUGCGAUUAUGCUGACUCACAUAAAAACAAUGUCUGGCAAGAGCAUGCUGCUGCUGUAGCUGCCGCUUUUGCAAAAGAGCUCCUAGGAUAUGUGCAGACGUCUGAAGUCGAAAGAGAACCUCCGGCGAGGAAUAGCCUUAGGGAAGUUCUUGAUGCCAUAUCUGCGGUCGGGGAGAACACAGCAUAUACGAGAACUAAACUGGAUAAAAUUGAAGACAUCAAGAUCCUUGAUUGGUUAACGCCCACGGAUUAUGGCUUACAGCAAAGUGAUUAUUUCCAAAGACGGCAGCCAGGAACAUGCCGUUGGCUCCUAGAUUCCGAAACGUUCCAAAAAUGGUUGGCUACUAGCAACCAGACUUUAUUCUGCCCGGGUAUGCCCGGAGCGGGGAAAACUAUCUUGACAUCAAUAGUGGUUGAUCAUAUUAUCUCGGAGUUUCGUCAAGGGGAUGUUGGCAUCGCAUAUAUAUACUGCAACUUCCACCAGCACAAUGAGCAGACUACCAGUGGCCUGCUAGCGAGUAUACUGAAACAGCUUGCUGAGACUCAGCCUUUACUGGCAGCAAGGGUGAAAGACCUCCAUAAUAGACACUAUACUCGACGAACAAGACCAUCGGUGGACGAAUUGUAUAACACUCUUCAGUCCAUCAUAGCUUCAUAUCCAAGGAUCUUCAUAAUUGUUGAUGCUCUGGAUGAGUGCCAAACUUCUAACAACUGCCGGUUUCAAUUCCUUUCCCGACUCUUUAAACUUCAGAUUCACGGCGGCAUAAACAUAUUUGCAACCUCGCGACCUCUUCCAGAGAUUUGUCAGAAAUUCAAAGAAAGUAUGACGAUCGAGAUUUGUGCGUAUGACGAUGAUGUGAGAGAUUAUUUGGACAGUCAGAUAUCUCAGUCAGAUUCUAAAAUAUUGGAUAUUUGUCGCGAAGAUAUCAAGACCAAGAUCACAAAGGCAGUUGGUGGCAUGUUCCUUCUCGCGGAGCUUUUGUUUGGGGUUGUUAAAAGCAAAAGGACCCAAAAAAAGAUAAUGGAUGCAUUAAGAGAUCUGCCUACUGGACAAGACGCAUACGACCACGCUUAUGAAGAAACCAUGAACAGGAUAAUGAGCCAAGACUCAGACACAGUAGAGCUAGCCAUACUAGUUCUAUUAUGGAUUACUUGUGCCAAAAGGCCACUUAAAACGCUGGAACUUCAACAUGCGCUUGCCAUAGAAGCCAAAAAAUAUCGCAUUGAUGAGGAUAAUCUUCUACCGAUCGGAGAUAUGGCCUCUGUAUGCGCUGGACUGGUAGCAGUUGAUGAAGAAAGCGGCAUAAUACGGCUGAUUCACUAUACUACGCAUGAAUACCUUAAGCGAACACAAGAACGGUGGUUUCCUGAGGCUGAAUCUGCAAUUACGAGAACAUGUGUUACAUAUCUUCUAUUGGAUGAUUUUCGAACGGGGCCUUGUCAAACGGACUGCGUCUCUAUGUUUUGGCCUUGUGCAGAAAGUUGUGCAUAUAGAGAGCGACUACGACUCUUUCCUCUCUACCAAUAUGCUGCAAAUCACUGGGGAAAACACGCGCGUAAAUGUUCAAAGUUAGAUGAGGAAGUCAUGAAAUUCUUGAACAGCAAAGCAAAUCUAGAAGCCUCAACUCAAGCGUUAAUGCGGCGCUGGCCUGCCUGCCUAUAUGCAGACGUUCCAAAGAGCGUGACAGGGCUGCACUUGGCAUCAUAUUUUGGUAUCAGUGAAGCUGUAAACGCCAUCUUCCAACCCGGUCUGUCUGCGGACGUGAGAGACAGUCAUGCUGCGACACCGCUACAGUAUGCUGCCAUGAAUGGGCAUGAAAAUAUUGUCAAAAUUCUACUUGCAACAGGCCAGGUUGAUCCUGAUUCCUGCGAUAAAAGCGGUAGAACGCCAAUUUCAUACGCUGCCAAAAAUGGGCAUGAAGGUGUGGUAAAACUGAUGCUUGAAACUGGGAAGAUCAAUCAUGAUUUUAGUGGCGAAUAUGGAGGAAAGUUGCUUCUAGAUGCUGUGGAGAAUGGGCACAAGGACGUUGCCAAGCUGCUACUUGCAGCGGGCAAGGUUAGUCCUCAUUAUGAGGAUGAAUAUGGCGAAACACCGUUUUUGUGUGCUAUUCGGACUGGGCACACGAAUAUUAUCAGGCUAUUUCUUACAAAAAGCGAAGUUAAUCCAGGUUUUCGUGAUAAAUACCUUAAGACAGCACUCUCAUAUGCUGCUGAAAAAGGAUAUAGGGAUAUUGUUGAGCUACUUCUUACAACAGGGGAAGCUGCUCCUUGCUUUGCAGAUUAUAAAAACAGAACACCACUCUCCUAUGCCGCUGAAAGGGGGUAUAGAGAUAUUGUUGAGCUACUUCUUACAACAGGGGAAGCUGCUCCAUACACUGCAGAUUAUAAAAACAGAACACCACUCUCAUAUGCCGCUGAAAGGGGGUAUAGGGAUAUUGUUGAGCUACUUCUUACAACAGGGGAAGCUGCUCCAUACACUGCAGAUAAUAAAAACAUAACACCACUCUUAUAUGCCGCUGAAGGGGGGCAUGGUGAUACUGUUGAGUUACUGCUUGCAGCAGGGGCUAAUCCUGAUGAUAGAGAUAAUAAAAAUAAAACACCACUCUUAUAUGCCGCUGGAAAAGGGUAUAAAGAUAUUGUCAAAUCACUACUCGCGAUAGGGGAGGCUACUCCUUAUCUAUCGGAUAAGAACGACAGAACACCACUUUCAUAUGCCGCUGAAAAGGGGUAUAAGGAUAUUGUUGAGUUGCUGCUGGCA